AUGUUGUUUUUAUUGUUGUCGAAUCCGGAUGACUGCUACGGCCAUACUCAGGAGCUUGCGCCGGAUUUGAAACGCAAAGUUGAUGAACGUCGGAAGGAAUCGGCCGAAUGGGACAAGUUAUAUGGCAACACGACCGGUCUGUGUUCUGAAACACGAUCAAGUGACAAGACCACAGACGCAGAUUCGCUGAUUUGCUUACUUCUUCUAUACUUGUCACGAGUAGUUGAAACGCAAUAUCAGAAAGCUGUAGAACGUGAAGGGUCAAAGAAGGUCUAG